AUGGUUGAGUACAUCACCAUCGAAGACCGCAACCAGCUCCAUAAAGUCACUCUCCAACUGAUCGACCUCCUUCAAGAACGCAUCAACAGCGAGCAUGAGAAUAUUAAUCUCACCCCCAUGCUUCUCAAGCGUGUGUGGCGUGCUGCCUUGAAGUGCCCUGGCUUCUCUCCCUCCCAGAAGGAUGACAUUUGCUGGAAGUGUGGUAUUGAUGAUCAGCUUGCUUCCGAGAUGGGCGUUCCAGCAUAUGCUGCGUUUUGGAAGGAUCUCUGGACCAUUGGACCAAAGCCUGGUGCUCCAAGCGAUAUCAUUCUGUACUAUGCUGCACUCAUCCGCGAGACCAUAGGGGCAAAGCCAGAGUUGACACUCGCUCAGAAGGCCGCCAAGGGACACCAGAGCGCACCACCAAGCUUGUUCGGAGAACUUGUGAAACUCAUCAAUCUUCCUAGAGAUCCAAAGGAGUUCGCAACCUUGACUCUAGCUCAGGUUGCAUCUGCCGAAUGGGCUGCGAUCGAGCAGGCUUUACGCCGUGCUCUGACUCCUGCUUUGACUGCUGGACCAAGUGCUUAG